AUGGAAUCAGUCCAUGUAUUUAGGGAAGCCACAUCAAAUGUGGUUCAUUGCCCGUUCAACAUAGCCCACUCAAUGCCUCAAAAAUCUUUAAUAACGCAUUUGGCGAAAUGCCCAGACAAGAGGCCGAACCAAACCGUGUGUUCAUUUAAUAACUUGCACGUGGUAGAGGCUUUGCAUUUGGCUGUUCAUGAAGCCGGGUGUCCCGAUCGCUUAAAUUAUGAUCAAAUAGUUUACCAAACCACAGAAACUAAGCAUGAUGUGAAACUUAAUGUGCCUGAAAUAAUUGAUGAUGUGGAUGAAACAUGGGAUGACGCAAGUACCAACCAACAACGUUCAAACGAAACCAUUCCCGUUCAAAAUGUAAUCAAAACUAUUAAUGAAAAGCCAUGUUUCAUGAGACCACCAGCAGGCUGCACGAAAUCAGAACGAAAAAAAUAUCGUUCUGAAGCACAGAAGGCAUAUCGAGAUGUAGACCUGUCAUACAAACCCAAUUCAAGUAUAAAUGAUAGAAUUGAUGAUUCUAAGACAAAAAGUGGUAGUAAAAAUGUUCAGCAAGGUAAAAAAAAUGGAUUAUUUUUUGGAAAGAGACCAUAA